AUGCCUCUUUCCGACUCCAAAAAGCGUCUCGCACUCUCCAUAAUAGAUUUCCUAUCAACCUCGCUCAAGGAUGGAACUCUGACCGCAGACGAUGCUGAUAAUAUCGAAAUUGCGAGCAACUGUAUUGCCGAGGCAUUCCAAGUCGAUGCGUCCGACAAAGCUGCUGUCUCCGAGGCUGUAGGAUCGCAAAAUCUACUGAGCAUAUUCUCCGUCUAUGAGAAACUCAAGGGCAAGGGCGCCCCCACGCCCGAAGGUAGCGCAACGUCCAAAGCAGCACCCGAACCCGCGGCAAUAAAUCCAGAAGCCGAGAAACUCAAGAGCGCAGGAAAUGCGGCUAUGCAACAGAAGGACUACAAGACCGCCAUUGCAAAAUACAGCGAAGCUAUUGUGUUCUCACCUACGAACCCAAUUUACCUAUCGAACCGUGCUGCAGCAUAUUCUGCGAGUGGCGAUCACGCAGCAGCUGUCCAGGAUGCCGAAUUGGCAGUCGCAGCAGAUCCCAAGUACACAAAAGCAUGGUCACGGUUGGGUCUUGCGAGAUUCGCCAUGGGAGAUGCAAGAGGCAGCGUGGAAGCCUACCAGAAAGGUAUCGACCACGAAGGUAGCGGAGGUAGCGAAGCCAUGAAGAAAGGACUCGAAACUGCGAAGAAAGAGCUGGCUAGAAUGGAAGCAGAGGAAGAAAAUAUCCCCGAGGAUGAUGUUGACGAUGCUCCUGGCAAUACCAGAGGUGGAGGUGGAGGUGUUCCAGAUCUCGCUGGUCUAGCCAGUAUGCUUGGUGGUGGUGGUGGCGGCGGCGGCGGAGGAGGUGGCUUCGACUUUGCCAGCAUCAUGAACAACCCUAUGUUUGCAUCCAUGGCUCAGAACAUCAUGCGCAAUCCAGACGCCUUAAGUGGAUUGAUGAACAACCCUACUGUUCAAAACAUUAUGAGCAAUCGUAGGGAAGGUGGUGGAGGUGUACCUGACAUGAGCCAGAUUUCACAGCUGAUGUCGGAUCCUGCCAUUGCUGGGCUGGCUCAACAAUUCAUGGGCGGUCCAGGGGGUCCAGGUGCUGGUGCGGGUGCUGGUGCUGGCGCUGGCAGGGGUGCUGGACAACAAUAA